AUGAGUGACACUCAAUCCACCGAAGUUCCAAGCUUGAAAGAUGUUGAAGCAUUCGACCGUAACGAAGAAGAGUCUGGAGUUACGGAAGAGAUGCGCACUGAGGUUAGUGACGCAGCACUAAUGAGUCCCGCGGCAGAAGAAGCCCCUGCCAAUGCUUCUCAAACCGAGUCUGAUUUGAAGCCCAAAAUCACGCCUGCUACUUCUGAUUUAACCAAUCAAGCAUCUUUGGUCGAGAGCGAUUUAACAGAAGAAUUACAGCAAAAAGCACCCGAGAAUGCGGAUCACUCGCCUCAAACCCUCGAUAGUGAACAGCAAGACGACUCUGAUCGCAGCUCCGCGCACUCCGAGCUAAACUUCGCUGCUUAUGAAGAAGAUACUGGAGAGGAUUAUAAUGCGGAGACAACAAAUCCAAGCGCUAUCAAUGAUGAUUCCGGUGUAGGGGACGAAGAUCAGAAUCAUGAUCUGAUACAUUCGUCGCCUGAAAAGCUUGAUGGACCUGACCACACGGUGAAGCAAGUUGACCAGGAAACAGCACCUCCUCCUCUGUUGCCAGAUGGAAGUGGAGCGCGGCCAUUGCCGGCAUUGCCCCCACGAAGCCUAAACACAUCUUCUCCGCCACUGCCUCCACGUGGUUCUGCAGCUUUACCUGCCUCCACUCUCAAGAAAAGCCAGGUUCAUCCUGUGCCCCCUCCCCUCUCAGAGGAACUCAAGUCUGAGAAGUUCAGGAAGAAUGCGGCCUUGACUCAUGCACAACCUUCCCCGCCAAGCUUGCCGCCCAGGUCAGGUCAUAAGCGAUCCGCCAGCGCUGACUUUGACCUAGUCAUAAGCAGAUUCAAUGACUACGAAGAGGAAUACCUUUCGAAAGAUGGGGUGACUCAAGAGAGCCUGCAAGAGGGAACUCGGAUGUUGAAGUCCAGCUACACAGCCUUUUUGGAAACAAUAUCCGCAGAAAAAGAGCCUUCCCAAGAUCCGGAAGAGCACCGUGAGCUUGUAGAAAUAGACUGGCCUUUUUGGACGAGGCUUGUUAACAACUACGCUGAAGUAGCCAAAAAAGACUCUGUGAAGCUGGAGCAGGAAAUCACAGGGGGGAUACCACCUCAAAUUAGGGGAAUUAUCUGGCAACUUAUGGCAAAUACAAAGUCGAAAGGCGUCGAAGAAAUAUACGGAGCAUUGGAGGCUUGUGAGUCGCCUCACGAAAAAGCUAUUCAACGGGAUAUAUUGAGAACCAACUACAUUCCAGACGAUAAGACAGAUUCUUUGUUCAAUGUGCUGAAGGCCUACUCUAUAUAUGACGAUGCAGUGGGAUACACUCAAGGAAUGGGUUUUAUAACGACUGCGCUAAUUCUAAAUGUGGAAUCUGAGGCUGAGGCAUUUGGCCUGUUGAUAAGCUUAAUGAAAGGAUACGGAUUACGAGACUUAUUCUUGCCAGGGAUGCCAGGAUUGCAUGUGAAGCUGUAUCAAUUUGACCGCCUCCUGGAAGAGAACUCUCCUUCUCUUUACUAUCACCUAGCAAGACAGGGCGUGAGGUCCUCGAUGUAUGCCUCGCAAUGGUUUCUUACAUGUUUUGCCUAUAGGUUCCCACUCUGCUUUGUGCUGCGUAUCUUUGACAUCAUCUUAGUUGAGGGAGUUGAUGCUAUUCUGAAGUUUGCAGUUGUUCUGAUGAUUCGGAACGAGAAGACGUUGCUGGCCCUGCAGUUUGAUCAACUUUUAGAGUUUCUCAAAGACGGACUGUUUGCGUACUAUCUAAAAGAUUCUGUCAAGGAGCGGCGGCGGGCGAAAGCUACUAAAGGCGACUCGGGCUCAACCGUUUCGCUACUUAGCCGGGCCAUACCAAAGAAGGAGAGCAGCCCAGAAAUCACCGAUGAGGACUACGAUAUCGACGCAUUUGUGGAGGAUGCCAUGAAGGAAGUGCAGAUCACACCCAUAACGCUGAAACGCUAUGUUGCAGAGUAUGAGGAGAUACAUCUGCUCGAGUCGCAGAAGGAAGCGCAGUUCGAGGCGCUACGUAUAAAAAACAAACAAUUGCACAACGAAGUUAGGAAGCUAGAGCACGACCAUACGAUACUGAACAGAGAGCAUAUCAGUAUCGCUAACGAAUUGAUCGAGAACCGGCUUGCCAUGGAGACAUUGCAGGAUGAAAACCGAGAUCUCGUGGCAGAAGUGGCGCACCUCAAGACGCAGCUCAAAGAGGAAGUGCGCAAGCGCUCGCUGCCCAACCCAGACGCGGAGCUCCCUACGGAUCUUAAGGCAGACUUACAGGAGACUAUGGCGAGAAACUUGCAAGUAAUGAGCGAAAACCAAGAGUUGCAGGACAAAAUCGCCCAACUCGAGCAGGAGGUGGCGCUGUUGAGACAGAGCCCUUCGCAUCGGUGCGAGCCAGGCGCAGGCCAGAAGCCUGCGAACUUGGGGAACUGGAAAGGGCUGAGAAAGGUUUGGAAGUGA